GUUUGGUGGUCACUGGGAUAGAGGUGACGCGAUGAACUUCGCCCCUCUUUCCACUCUUGGUGAUGCGCACACUGAACCUCCGGCGCGUGCGGGAGGGCGACUCGACGUGGCACUGUAAAAGUGUCAUAUGUUUAUUUAUUCGCGCUAAUGAUUAACCCUAGAUCGCCUCUAUGUGAUUAAUUGAGAAGGGAACACGUGCAUCACCGCAGUAACUCGCUUACCUGCGGGCUCGCGUCCUCCCUCCCCUCGCGCGGAAAAGAGAGAGUGCGCGCGUACUUGAUGCGAUCAUCGGUGCGACCUUUUAAACGUGUCGCAACCUUUGAUGGAUUACCCCACUUCUGAGUCCUCAGGUGCGACUUACAUCUCUCAGUCAUCUGACUAGUGCGCAUCUCUCCAACCGUCUCCAAGUGACGCCGACACCACAAACUUGCGUGGACAAGAUGUUCUCUCUGUCAUUCUCGUGGGUGUCCCUCUCUUCGACCCUCUGGGUGUACCUGUGUCCCAAACGGGGCCGCGUCGGGUGCGUGUACGCGCUCCUGUCGGCGCUGGUGAUGCUGAGCGCUCUGACGGUGGAUGCAGCAUCCACUGCCUGCCCGACGUGCGGUCGGCCAGCAAUGGAGAAGGGCGAGGAAGAGCGUUACCUGAUCGAGAUCGCCAAACAGCAGAUCCUAAGCAAGCUUCACCUGCGGGAGAGGCCGAACAUCACGCAGCCGUUACCGCGCGCCGCGCUCAUGACUGCGCUGCGCAAGUUACACGCGGGCCGCGUCCGGCAGGACGGAACUCUGGACAUGGAAAAUAGCUUUAUAAACCCACAAGCGGGUAACCAAGCAUACGAGAUAGUCAGUUUUGCUACUGUCGAAGACGACGUGUCUGUUGGUAUCAGCACCCAUCUGUCAUUCCAGUUCCUGCAGGAGAAAAGUCGCAGCUUGCAGGUCCUGCAGUCGUCUCUGUGGAUGUACGUGCAGCCGGCCAACGGUUCUCACCCCAGCGUGACGGCUAAAAUCUACCUGUUGGAGAAGGACAAUGGCAGCCGCACGCUGCUUAUCCAGAGGAGCUUAGAGGCCACUCGGGGCGGCUGGCACACGUUUCCCGUUACCACCUCCCUGCAGCGCUUCCUCGACAAGGACAAAACGAGUUUCCGCCUAGAGGUGCACUGCGAGGAAGACGGACGCAACCUGUGCGGCCAGGGUACAUUCAGCGACUCCUCCCAACAGCCGUUCCUGGUGGCCCAAGUGCGUCAGCGUGACGACGACUCCGAGCACACCCUGAGCAAGCGCUCGCUGAGGUGUGGCGAGGAUGCCAGCGUCUGCUGCAAGAAAGACUUCUACGUCAAGUUUCGAGACAUACAUUGGCAGGACUGGAUCAUUGCGCCCGAGGGUUACCACAUGAACUACUGCAUGGGUCAGUGUCCGCAGCACCUGUCGGGUUCUCCGGGCAUCGCCUCGUCCUUCCACGCCACCGUCUUCAGCCAGCUGAAGGCCAACGGCAUUCACUCGGCGGUCUCGUCCUGCUGCGUGCCCAUCCAGAGGCGCCCGCUCUCCAUGGUGUACUUCAACUCUCAGCACAUCAUUGUUAAGAUGGACGUCCCGGACAUGAUCGUGGAGUCCUGCGGGUGCACGUAAACGACAGCCAUGCGAUGUUUUAGUACUUUCUGUACAUUGGCAGUAUACAACAUUUCCUAAACCUACAGUGGGAUCCAAAAGUCUGAAACCGCAUACACAUCUGAGAUUCUUUAUCUAAUUAACAAACAUAAAAUUACAUUUAAAAAUGUAAUUUUUCCAAAUAAAGAUGAAAAAUUGCUUAUCAAAUGUGUAAAAUUGAACAUCUGAUCUGCUUUUAUACUUAAGGUCCGAUGUUCACUAUAGAAAGAGGGGGACGAAUCAAAUACAGAGACAUUUUGAAAUUCUCUUUCAAUGCAGUUGUAAUACAAGUAAUGUAAUUUUUGAUAAAUGUGCCGAAUUUCACUAGAUCCUCGUGGUGUCAGACUUUUGGAACCCCAUCGCAUUUGUACCAAAACUUAAUAAGCAGUCAAAAGGACACCAAAUAUUACUUCAUCAAGGCUUUCCAUAGGCUCCUAUGCAUCCACAUGGUAAAUGAUGAAAUACUCAGGGAAUUCAAAGGCACUGUAAAAGCCAUUACGUGACACACUGUACCCAUUAAUGUCAUCUGUGCAGAGGCCACUGAUCUAAACUGGUUACCCAACGCCACAGGUAAACAUUUAGAUAUUGCCACACGUCCCAACAAAGUUCCACUGGCACGAAUGAAUGUUGUAAGGUAACAGAAAUCAGAUGAAUCUGUUCGUGUAUUUAAACAGGAAAAAUACUUCAUAGUUCUCAAAGCUUUCAAACGUUUGUUUACGCUAAGCACUAACAAAUGCAACCUUCUUUUAAAAGAUGCUCAUUCAUUUGAGUGAGAGAUUACGUUUUUAAUAAUAAAUAAUAAUUGAUAUUUAUUUAGAACCCUUUCCAAAUGCUCAAAGGUGUUGUGAUGUACGAAAAUCUACACUGUACAUGUUACAAUGUAGUGUUUCUCUAUGCAAACCAUAUCUUGAUGCAGCUUUUGGCUUGUGUUGUUUAUUUCAUUGUGUUUUAAGUACUUCCUUCUGUAGACAUGCUUUUGAUAACAGCGACUUUUCUUUCUGCAUGUUUAGGCUACGAGCAUCAUUCCGCACGUUUACAGUUAUGGAAAUUCUGACUCAUGAAAGCAUUCUCUUGUGCUUUAUUUUCCAUUGUUUGGAAACUUCAGAUCUAAAAACAUUGCUGCUGUCACCCACCUGACAGUCGUUUAUCUGUUGCUGCACUUUAUUUGUUAUAUAUUAAAAAUGUCAUUUUUUGCUCUUUUUUUGUCAUAGGAGUCAUACAGAAACGUACGCCACAGUAUUAUCACUGUACAGUAAAGUGUUUUAUAUGAGUAUCCGCUCAAACCCAGAGUAAUUUCUAUAAUUUUGUAUGAAGAGAUUAUUUUCUUAUAUGUGGGACGGCUCAGAAAUCUACACUGUAAUGAACAUUGUAAUUUUUUUUAAUAAACAUCUUACUUGCUUUCUAA